UUUUUACUUUACCCAAGCAAAUUAGUUCAAAAAUAAACGAGUAAACAUUAGAAUAAACCUGCCUUUCAGGUACACAAAAUGGAUCAAAUUCAUGUAUUCGUUGUUCUCAUUUGGCUGUUCAGUGUCUUUGCUAUGCUCGUUGUUCCGUUACCAAUGAAAGUAUUUGGUGAACAAUCAAACGUAAAAGAUGAAAACCUUCAGGAAAUAGAUGAUUCUGAUUACAUGGCACCGUUGAAACAGGCCUCCACACGACCCCCUGCCAAAAUUCUCCAACAAAAGGGCAAGAAUAAAGAUCUAAAAACGUCAAUGCCAAAGACAAAUCGCGGGCUGCGGCUAUUCCCUCAAUUUGAGGGAAAACCUAAAGAAAAUAAGGGUGACGAGAAAAAAGAGAGAACCGAAAAGAAAGCAAUUGGUGGAAUUAUACCACCUGCACCUUCCACUGAGAAGACUGUAGCGAUUCCCACAUUUAAAACGGACUACUUGGGCAAUUGGGUAUAUAAUCCGUGGGGCGUCACUUAUGGACAAUUAUUUCGAGACACUCGGUUUCUGGGAGGUAAAUUUAGUGGGCCAUACCCAGAAUUUGAUAGACAUACGGCGAUUUACAAGCCCCCCACGGAUCCCAAAAAGGUGUGCAAAAAUAAGCCAACAGAAAUCUACAACACUCCAAAGGUUUUGAAAUAUCUUAAGAAGCCAUUUUACCACUUUGUUCAUAAACAACAGCCCUUCUUAAUGGACCUACGGAAAUCGAUCUACGAAAAGGGCAACUCAGAAGAGUGCCAUGUGCCAUCACAAAUAAACUGGCGAACUUAUACUGAGUGUGCGAUGAUGAGGAACAUGCGGAUGGAAUACCUGAUACCAUACUACCCGAUGCGCCAAACUGCUUCUAUGUGGGACUUUAAAACAAAUUAUCCAGGCUGGCGUUAUGAAGGAAAUCCAUUAGACGACUAUGAUUAUGAAGAAAAACUGAAAAUGUUGCCACCGAAAAAUUAAUUCUGUAUCUGGAAUAAGCUAGCUUUUGUUGCCGUAACUUCUUUCGAUGAAUAUGAAUACAAAUUUGACAUUAACGUUGGCUAUACAGAAAGAUUGUCUUGAGGAGAUCAGAAACCAUUGUGAAACAGAAACUUUAAUUAUUAAAAUAUUGCAAGUGUAAUCAGUAAAAGA